CGCCUCCUCCCCCCCUGCAGGUGGAGCAGCCCCACCUUUGCCCACACCUGCUGGUGGGAGAGACGACCUUAUGGCUGCCAUUAGGGCAUCCGGAGGCAAGGGUGGCGGAGGCUUGCGGAAGGUCAAAGACACCGACAAGAAGGAUCGUAGCGCGGCGAUGGUUCCUGGGUCUGCCAACGAAUCAUCCGCAGCUUCAACAGGGGGCGGUGCUGCUCAGGGUGGUAUGGCAGGCGCGCUUAAAGCCGCUCUAGACAAGAGAAAGCAGAAAGUUAGCGGUAGCGAUGAUGAAAAGGACGACGACGAUGAUUGGUAA